ACAACGAGAAAUCUUCUCUCCCCCCCCCCCCCCUGCUCCACCUCGCACCAGGCAGCGCCACCAGCUGUGCGCGAUCCCAACUGAUCGCGCCAUGGUAACGGCGGUGGCAGCCGUGCUGGAGCCUCCGUCACGGUCGCCGCUGCGGCGGCGGCACCGGCUGGCGAACGGGGCGGGUGCUACCACCGGCGACUUCGAGCUCCGGCACUGGCGCCCGGCCAAGAAGAGUAGCUCCUCCGGGAUGAAGGGGCGGUGGGUGCCGCCGGAGAUCGAGAUCCCCAGCGGCGAGGAGGGGGGAUACACCAGCCUCCGCGACAUCAUGUCGUCGCCCGAGUACGCCGCGGCCAAGCAGGCUCACUCCCCCGCGGACGGGGCCGGAGGCGGCGGGGACGUGCACAUGAUACGCCACCCGCUCGUGAAGCACGCGGCGUACGCGUACCUGCAGCUCACGCCAUCCGCGCGGGAGGACCCCGGCAGGAUGCGCCGCCGGAGGCGCGGCCCGCUCUGCCGCCUUGUCCUCGGCUGUCUCGGCUUUGUCGGGGCGUUCUUCACGCGGUGACCUGUCCGGCGUGAGCCUUACGGUUCUUGGUCAACUUUUUUUUGCCUUCCUUGCUUGUCUUUUCCAGUCCUUUUCUUGCUCUUUUCCCCGUGUCCGUGUAUUUAGAACAGAAGAAGCAAUUGACUUGUUCGAGUUUUGAUCAUGGUUGCAAUUCAUGUAAAUAUUUUGGUAGGAUUAAGAACAAAAAGAUGGUAGCAACGCCAACACAUGGCUAGCUAUUUUUUAGUCUACUAUCUUGUUCGUCUUUUUCGGUUGUCAUGAACUCGAAGAUUUAUGAUGGCGAACCGAA